AUGACAGAACCAGUUGCCAACUUUCCAACAUCUACGCUCUUUAGCUCUUUGUUGGAGCAGUCGCGAAAACUACGCCAGGGUCAGGAUUCUGGUGAAUUGCCUCCCAUCCAGCUAGGGCUGAGCGAGAUCGAGAGACGAGCCAAAGAGCUGCGGAGAGCGCCAGGGGGGCAACGACAAACAGAUGCUAGGGCACACUACUUGCUUGCUGCUGGAGGAAUAAACACUGAUGAAGUCUUGCGUGACUUGGACUCUAUUGAUUUCCACCAUGCCUACGAGCCUUCUAGCCUUCGAGCCGAUACGGACCUAGACACAUACCUUCGUAACCGGAAAGAGCAGAAUGUCAUGUCUUCGAUUGAAGAUGGGAUGCGUCGGACGGGCCGAGAUUUCGACGCCUUUGUUGCAAAAAACGUCACGAUGGAGUGGGAAGCCCAGAAACAGCGAAUUUUUGAGCACUUUGGUUUGGCUCCAAGAUCGGCUGUUGCUGCCGGUGGUAGCCCUGCGGAUUUACGCGCCAGUGGUUUCGGGGGAGGGCUUAGUGCGUUCGGGGCAUCGUCUUUUGGACGCUCGAGAUUGAAUUCGUCUUUUGGGCCGGGGAGGGGGCUACAGACAAGUGUUUGGUCGAAGACUACCUUGGGUAAUAGUGUUCUCGGGCGCUCCACAUCUGCCGCCGCUUCAAGUGGUCACCAGGGGACAUUAUUCGGUGACAUUGACCCUGGGAGGCAGUUGGAGCUGUCCAGACAGGUACAGGUUAGGCAACAGCACUAUACCUUAGCUAUCAGACGUAUGAAUGAAGUUAGAUUGGAGUCUGGGAAUGCUGCUCGUGGUGUUUUCCCGGUGAUGAAGACAUUUGGGGAUAUUACAGGCAAAUCUGGCACCGAUUUGUUGACCGUUCAACUUCAUGACUCGUGGAUGUUGUUGUCAUAUAUCACUGGUGAAUCUGAGGUCCAUGAUGCGAAUCCUUUCAGUGGGCCUCGAGAGAGAGGUUUUGUCAAGGACUAUGUUAUCGAUACAGCGAGCGAUAGUCAGGAAGCUUCCAGGAUUCGUAAACAUGUGCAGAGGGGCUCGAGGAGAUUUUUAGAGAAACAGUACCGGGAUGUUGUUGAGAGUGCUAUUGCCGAAAACCCUCAAAUUGCUAAAGUUGGCGGUAUUCCUUCCGUCUUCCACAAGUUCCGUGGCUAUAUCAACAUCAAACUAGCUACCAAUAAGGAUAUACCCGAAUGGGAUAUCAAGAAUUUUGAUUUUGUUGCCGACAUUCCUUGCUGGGCAUUGAUUUUCUAUCUUAUUCGAGCUGGCUAUCUCGAGGAAGCCGAUGAAUUUGUUAGGCAAAACCAACAAUCGUUCCAGAAGCUUGACCGCAGCUUCCCAACAUAUCUUCACGCAUACUGUUCCGCCGGUGAUGAGCGCCGGCUACCCAGAAAUCUCCUUGACAGAAUCCAAGCGGAGUACAACAAUCGUGUAAAGCAUUCUGAGGACACUAAAGAUAUCUUCAAGCCUGCGGUGUAUAAGAUUAUUGGUCGAUGUGAGCUUGCAAAGCGGUCUGUGCCUACUGUCAUGCCUACGGCAGAAGACUGGAUGUGGCUCCAGCUUGUGCUCGCCCGCGAGAUUGAUAGAUCUACGGAUCCGGCACACGAAGUGUUCACAAUGCAGGACUUACAGAAAGGUGUCAUCCAGUUUGGGGCCAAGCAUUUCGGAACCAAGGGAAGCAAUGUGGGACUGUACUUCCAGAUGUUGUUGAUGUCUGGGCUUUUCGAGGAUGCCGUUCAUUAUCUCUACUCGUUCCAGUUUGUGGAUGGUGUUCACUUUGCGAUUGCGCUUUCCUACUAUGGGCUGCUAAGGCCAACCGCCAAUCCCGCAAAGGCAGACACAGAUCUUCUGACUUUGGGACCUAAAGGAGAGAAGCAGAUUAACUUUCCUCGUCUUAUUGGCUACUACACUAGGGACUUCCGAACACCAAAUGCAGAGGAGGCUGUAGAUUAUCUCUGCCUUAUCUGUCUGAAUGGCGACUUGCCUUCACCGGCUGGCGAUCAGCACCUUACUAUCUGCCACGAUGCGCUCAGGGAACUCGUAUUGGAGACUCGAGAAUUUACCAAGCUUCUUGGUGACGUGCAUGCCGAUGGGACAAGACAGAAGGGUGCCAUCGAAAGGAGGAUGAAGCUUAUUAAAUUGGACGACCAGCGGGAAUACCUCCGAACGAUUACGGAGCAAGCCGCUGGUCAAGCGAAUGAUGACGGCAGAGCGUCAGAUGCAAUCCUGUUAUAUCACCUGGCUGAGGAUUUUGAGACUGUUGUUGAGAUCAUCAAUAAAAGUCUUUCCGAUUCUAUUGCCUCUGAAGAUGUUAUGCUGGACUUCAGCCACCAGGCCGGGACUUCCGCUCUGCCAAAUGCGGACUCUUCCCUCACGUCUGUCGAUGAUCCGGUUCAGUUGGCCAAGCGCAUGCUCGGUAUGUGCGCCAACGAUGCCGCAAUAUAUAGCAAAAUUUCGAUUAGGAGCAGGGAAGCUGCCGAGGUGCUUCUUAGCAUUGCGGAGGCAAAGAAGAGGUACCGAGAAGGAAAAUGGGAGCUAUGUCUCCAAAUUAUUCAGGAUGUCGAUGUGAUACCCAUCGAAAAGGAUGCAGAUGUGGGCUCCAUUCGCCGCCGGGCUCAAAACUUCGGCACCCUCCAUGAUACGGUUGCAAGUAAUGUCGGCAUUCUCCUCAAAAUGACCGUGGAGUGCUGUAGCCGCCUUUCAGCAGAGUUACGGGACAGCAUGUACGCGGACGCUAGUAGGAGCCAGAAGCUCAUUGAACUUAAGACUAGAGCUAAGAACGUGAUGAUCUACGCCGGGAUGAUUCAGUAUAAGCUGCCAGCGCACGUGUAUGAGUUUAUCAAUAGUAGGGAUAUGACAGAGGGUUUUUAG